ACAGGGUUGUUUUCUGCCGUGAUAAAAACAAUUUCUGUAGCGUUCAUAUUACGUACAGAAGUCGUUAAAUACUGAGAAGUUUUUAUGUCAGAAAUGAACAUAUUAUUCUUUAUUAGUCGUUAUCUAAUCAUGAGAGCAGAUUAAAUAUGUCAAAUUACACAUCUAUGUUCGAGCCGCUAACUGUCCGACAACCAAUCGUCUGUUAAUGGGCUACCUAAUGACGUCACCAGCUGGUGACGUUUACAGGCUUAUUCUUACUAAAAAUGUGACAAUUUCCUAUUUAAAAUCAACCAGCAAACAGUUUAAUUAGAAUAGGGAUAACCCUACUGUGUUUUCCGAUUUGCUAACGCGUCGCCAAUAAAACUAAAUUUGCGGCAGUAAAAUCAGCGAUGUACGUCCGCAAAUCGGAAAACACAGUAGGGUUAUCCCCUAAAUAACGUUAGAAAAUGUAUUGCAUAAAGUUAGACAUCAAAGGACCUAUUGAAUAAACCAAAGGACCUACUGAAGAAAGCUCGGGCUAUGUCUGAAUGAUCGUAGUGUAUUGUUUGUACUGCGAUUGGCGUCGUGCACCCUCCUCUAAUUACUCCAAGGCCUAUACGAUCCCUGGUUUGUUUCGUCAGCAUGCAGUUUACCGCGAUAUGACGUCACGACCACUCCCUAUAAAGUCCUGCACAGGCUAGCGCAUUGCGUCCUGAUCGUUUAUACCGACGUAAUAUUUAAUCAUGGCAGAGAAGAAAGAUUUGUCCGCUUUCGGAUUUAUCCGUAGGCCUACAUGUACCAACGAUAACACUUCAAGGCCCCUCCCUAAUACCGGCACUAAACGACCUUCGUCAGAAAACCCCACAGUCAGCAAACAUCGGACAACAUUUUCAGAUGCCUACCGUAAGAAGUACCCCUGGAUAGAUUAUAAAGGCCGUGAUGAAGGUAUGUAGCCUAGGCCCUAUUUAAAAUAUUUGUAUUUCGAAUUCGAUACCAAACGUAAUUUAUUGAUUUUAUAACAGAUAUUAAUCGCCGAUUUAACCGAUUUCUGUGAUGGUUCUACCCUUCGUGUGAAAUAUGACGUAGGUCUAGUUUAAUAAAGCCCAGCCCACAAAGUACCACGUGCAGCAUGAACAUUUUGGCGCGUGGCCACUGACCUGCCGACCUUUCUCGCUGCAUCCAAUCUGAUGCGGUUGUCAAUGGAGGCGGGGCCACACUGAAUUUAAAAAUGAGUUUCGUAUAAUGGUGAAUUGUGGGCAUGUACAUAAAAAAUUACAUUCAAUCUAUGCAGAAGAAAUACACAUUUUUAGCGCCAAAGUUUUAUGAAUGAAGUAUGAACACGUGGCUUUCUGCGCCAUGCAGAUUCCUGUCGCGGUUAGGCCCACUCGUUAAUACCCAACAGAAUCCUUUUUUGUUUACAUUAUGAAUACGUUAGCCACAUUUUUUGUUUUCACAGGUAUGUUCUGUUCUUUAUGCAUAAAGCACAGACAAAGCAGUAAAGGCGGGACUGGCAACUGGACCAAAGUAGGCUGCAAAACUUACCGUGAAGAGGCAAUGAAGGCACACCUUAAUUCCACUACGCACCAGGUUGCAAUGCAAUUAGAAUUGGAGUUAAGAGCAACCACCAGCACUGGAGGGAUAGAAGCCAGCAUUACCCUGGAGCAGCAAGCCUUCAUGUCGUCCCUCCAAGCCAUGUACUGGCUAGUCAAGAAUGAGCUGCCACAUACUACAAAUUUUGGGUCUCUUCUACAGCUCCUGCAAGACGUCGGCUGCAAGUAUUUAGACAGCCUAAAUAUCAACAAGCGGACAAACUACACCUCUGAGAGGACCAUGCAAGAAAUGGUCGUAUCAAUACGCACUAUGCUGAAGAACGAGAAAAUGGAGGAGAUAGCAGCAUCCCCGUUUUUCUCGUUGCUCUGUGAUGAGACCACAGACAUCACCGUAGCAGAGCAACUGAUCACUUAUAUAAAGUACCUGGACUUGGAUGGAAGGAAAACCAAGGUGACAUUUCUUGGAACAGAUGUGGUGCUGAGCUGUGGUAGUGACAUCAUCACAGAGAAACUGAUUGAGGUCAUGGACCGGGAAGGCCUUGCUUACCUUACCAAACUGGCUGGCUUUGGCAGUGACGGGGCUGCUAACAUGGUAGGGAGAAGAAACGGCGUUGCAACACAACUUAAACGGGGUAGCUCACUGGAUUUUGACAUCAUUCAUGCGCACGUUGGUGCAACCAUAGAAAUCCUGGAGGCGAGGCUAGCCAACCCUGGGUCCAAAUUUAAGAAAGUACUGACGGGGGAAAUAUUCGAAGAAAUGCGAGAGAGCGUUCCAGACUGGGUACUGGCGGUUAACACCGAAAAACUGGUUGCUUUCAAAGUUGACGUACACGACAAAUUCAUUAAGGCCCUGGUCGAAAAUAUCCGGGGACGUUUCCCUGAUGUAGGCCUGUUGAAAGCCCUAACCAUCCUGGACCCUGCCAAGGUGCCAGAAGAUUUGGAUGAAUUGCACGACUACGGGGAUGACAUGCUGCAGUCUCCCUGUUUUGAUGUCUUGGUUCAGUGGGAUGGGGGAAACGAGGUGAAUGUUGUCCAUACCUCGGAUUUAGAACUGGUGGAUUGAGGAUCGUCGUGGAGAAAAGGGAAGAUGUGGUGGAUGGAAACACA